CUUUAUUUAGACCAGGGAAUCCCCUUGCGGAUGCGCCACGGUUUGCACUUUCGCCCGUAACCAAUCGCUUUAAAUAGCUUUCCCUGAGGCUGUGAGAUGCAUCAGUAGUGCUUGCGAUCUCUGACCGUGUGGACUAACCGAUUCCCUUUCUGUAUCCGCCUAAACGGAACCACAACACAACUCCGGCAAAGAUGAACUUCACGAAGCUCUUCAUUCUGGUGGCGAUCGCGGUGCUAGUGAUCGUUGGUGUACAGCCGGUAGAUGGUGCGCCCCGUUGGAAGUUUGGCAAGCGGUUGGAAAAACUUGGACGUAAUGUGUUCCGGGCUGCUAAGAAAGCGCUGCCGGUCGUUGCCGGAUACAAAGCACUUGGAUAAAUGGAGCGGACCUGAGCUGGAACCACCAUCGAUUAAGAACCACCCGCUAGCGACAAUUAAUUAAGCACGUACAUGCGCAGAGGAACUCACUUGUAAUGGCAUCCAUUAUCAAAUGUUUCAUUGAUCAACCGGUGGAUCAGUGGCAGCAACCGUAAGACUGAGGGUCAACCGAAUUCGGCUAGAAAUUGUAGAUGACGUUAACAGACCAACGACGAUUUGUUCUGGUUUCGGUCUACUGCUUUACAGUAUUUUCGUAGCUAAGCUCUAAUAAAAGUGGACACAGAUGUCUAUUUCAUAACCAUAA